GUCGUUACACCCAAGGCCUGCGAUCCUGGCGCGGCGCAGCCUUCCUCACUCGUCUUCUCCUUCCGCUUCAGUCAACGCUUUCGAAGCGUACAUGCCGCAAGCACACUAAUGGCAAUGGGAAUCACAGCUAGCAGAACCCCCAAUAUAACAAACUCGCGGCUUCGGUCCUUCACCAUCCUGUCCGCAGCUACCGGAUAUCUUGCCGUCCCUGCCUAUCCUUUUUUUUUUACUCGCGGAACUGACUCGUGCCGCGGUAAGCUUUGUACCGGCCGGUGAUCGUCUCUGUGGAGAUGCGGGCUGCACAGGGCUGCCGUCCUGGUUACCUCGGGCGGCGGGAACUAACCAAAAGCCUUUUUUGAUCUGACAUGAAAAUAAGAUUGAAAAGUCCCCAUUGGGCACACGUGAAGGCGUUGCCCAUGUUUCAUCUACACUUACCGUGGACGAAACUGCUGGACAGAACUGACGGGACGAAACUGCUGGGCAGAGCUGACGGGACGAAACUGCUGGGCAGAGCUGACGGGACGAAACUGCUGGGCAGAGCUGACAGGACGAAACUGCUGGGCAGAAAUGGUUAGGCAGAAGCUAGCUGGAUGUUUGAGGCUAGUGUUUGAUAGACGAUUGGGUUGUUGUUGUUGUUGUUGUUGUUCUUCCAGGGUCAACUGUUCAUACCAUUCGUUUGCUCACUU